UUGUCAUAAUAUGUUGAUGUUUAGAUAAAUAUUGUUUUCAUUAAAAAAUAUCGAUUUUCUUCUAUGAAACAAUUUUUCUUCUACAAUUUAACAAAAAUGGUAACAGAGAAUACAACUUGAUGCUACUGCAAAUAACGUAAAACUUGUAGAAUUUUAUCCCUAAAUCAAAUAUAAGGGACAAAUUGCCACAAUAUACAAAAUAAUAUGGAACCUAACGCAAAUUCAAACAAAUUCAUCGCCAUUUCUUCCUGUGCAUGGGCAAGUCAUUUUCUUUCUCUUUGGGGCGGAUUCGCAUUUGACGACUCCGAGGCCAUAGUCAAAAACAAAGAUAUAUUGCCCAGCACUCCAAUCGAAAAUGUUUUUAGAAAUGAUUUCUGGGGAACUAACAUAGCCUUAAAUGUUAGUCAUAAAAGCUACAGACCUCUUACAGUAUUAUCAUAUAGGUUAAAUAUGUUCUUUUCAAAUAGCCGUUUGGACGCUUUUCAGUUUCAUACGGCUAACGUUGUGCUGCAUGGCAUAUUAUCCAUUAUGAUGGUACCAUUUUUUGAAUGUUUGCUCAAACGGCGAAAAAAACGAAAAUCGUUGUGUCCUUGGGACGAUCCUGCAUUUACUGCUGCGUUGAUGUUUGCUGCACAUCCCAUUCAUUCCGAGGCAGUGGCAGCUUUGGUCGGAAGGGCUGAUAUUUUAAGUGCAAUAUUGUUUAUUUCUGUUAUAAUUUUUUAUAAAAUUCCUUCGAGUUUUUUUGGCUGGUUUGUUAUGGUACUGGUCUUGACUAGUGCAGCAGUUUUGUGCAAAGAAACUGCUAUAACCGUAUUGGGUGUAUGCGUACUAUACGAAAUAUAUUUAAGAAAAAAACCCUCCAAAUUAUGGGAGGAAGUGUUUACUCAAAAGUUAUUGAUAAGACUCUGUUCGUUAGUUGUUAUAGGCUCUAUAAUAAUGUUUCUUAGGCUUAAAAUAAUGAAUUUUGAAGGUCCCACUUUCAGCCCUACUGACAACCCAGCAGCUUUUGCCGAUAGUUUUUUGACAAGGGUCUUGUCUCACAGCUACAUUUACCUUAUAAACGUAGUUUUGCUCAUAUGGCCAAAUUGGAUGUGUUUCGACUGGUCAAUGGGUUGUAUUCCGUUAAUUGAAAGUUAUACUGAUUUUAGGAUAUUGUGGGUUAUUUGUUUUUGGUUAAUUGUUGCUGCUGUUGCCUUUAAAAUAAUUAAAGAUUUAUUUUUGAAAGAGAAAAUAGAUGUUUCAGUUAUGGGUGUGAGCCUGAUAGUAAUCCCAUUUCUCCCCUCAAGCAACUUAUUCCUAAAAGUAGGUUUUGUCGUAGCAGAAAGAACUUUGCUACUACCAAGCGCCGGUUGGUGUUUGCUAGUAGCCGUUGGCCUUGAAAAGCUCAAAAACCGUUACGAAAACAUUAAAAUCAUAUUUACAAUAUUUUAUAUAAUAUUAAUAAGCACGUUUAUAACGAGAAGUAUUUAUAGAAACUAUGAGUGGGUCACAGAGGAUAGACUUUUUAAAUCUGCCUUGAAGGUUUGCCCAUUAAACGCGAAAGUACAUUAUAAUAUUGCUAAGAUCGCAGCAGAUCAGGGUAACAAAGAAGAAGCUCUUAGAGGAUACAAAAAAGCUCUCGAAAUGUAUCCAAACUAUGAACAAGCAAUGAACAACUUAGCAAAUUUGCUUAGAGAAAGCGGGCAGCUAGAGGAAGCUGAAGCUUUACUUCGAACUGCGGUGCAGGUUAGACCUAACUUCGCUGCAGCCUGGAUGAAUUUAGGAAUAGUCCUAAGUAGCAAAGGCUACUUAGAAGAGGCCGAAAAAGCCUACAAAACCGCCUUGAGGCAUAGAAUGAGGUACUCAGAUGCCCAGUACAAUUUGGGCAAUUUAUAUUUGGAUUUGGGAAGACAUCAGGAAGCUCUUGCGGCAUGGAAAGAAGCAGUACGCUUACGUCCAACUCAUUCGGCCGCCUGGGGAAAUGCACUCGCUCUCUUAGACUCGGACGGACGUACCCAUGAGGCUGUUGAACUGGGUAUUUUAGCUUUGCAGCACGUUCCCAGAGCACCCGCCAUACACUUUGCUUUGGGAAAUGUUUUAGGGAAAUUAAACAGGUUCCCAGAGGCGGAAACACAUUUUUUGCAAGCCAUCAAAUUAAACGAAAAUAAUGCUCUAUAUUAUUCCAAUUUAGGUGUACUAUAUCACCGUUGGGAGAAACGAAAUAAGGCGGAACAAAUGUACUUAAUGGCCUUGAAUUUGGAUCCCGAUCUGAAGUCGGCCCAAGUUAAUUUGCGCAAGCUCAUAACCUCGAAUAAUAGUGCUCAGUUAAAGAAUCAUUCCAAUAAUCAUUCCAAGAAACUUAGUACCUAAUUUUUAUUGUUUUGAUUUUGUAAUGAUCAGUUGUGAUAUUGUGAUAUAUUGUUUAAUUUUUUAUUUGAAUAUAUGUAUUUUGUUUUUA